UGUGUUUUCAUUUUCAUAACAUUUCCCACCACUGCAGCAGUAAUAUUUCUUUCCGUUUUUAUUAAUAUACCUCUUACUCUAACUCGGUGAUAUUUAGUUGUUGAUUACAAUAUGGCAGAUAUCAACGAGCAGAAAGCUAUGCAACUGAUCGCAGAAGCUCAGAAGAAAUCGAAAGGAUCGUCGGGUCUAUUUGGAUCAUUUUUCGGGAGCGGGUCAGGCAAGCAAGAGGAAGCUGCAGAACUCUACAUCAGGGCAGCCAACAUGUUCAAGAUGGCCAAGAAAUGGAGUGCUGCGGGCACAGCGUUCUGCGACGCGGCCGAGAUCCACCUGAAGAUGCAGAGCAAACACGAGGCAGCGCAGAACUACGUCGACGCAUCGACGAGCUUCAAGAAGUCCGACCCUGAAGAGGCCGUGAGAACACUGUCGAAAGGCAUUGAGAUCUUUACCGACAUGGGACGUUUCACAAUAGCGGCGAAGCACCACAUCACGAUGGCCGAGAUAUACGAGUCGGACAUUGUCGACUUGGAAAAAGCAAUGCAAAAUUAUCAGAAAGCUGCUGAUUACUAUGCGGGUGAAGAAUCGAAGAGCUCUGCUAACAAAUGCCUCCUGAAGGUGGCGCAGUAUGCAGCACAGCUCGGACAGUUCGAAAAGGCAAUAGAGAUCUACGAGAAGGUUGCUGCGGGUGCGAUAGACUCUACAUUGAUGAAGUACAGUGCCAAGGAGUAUUUCUUCAAAGCUAUGCUGUGCCACAUGUGCAUUGAUGUGCUGAAUGCGCAGCAUGCACUGAAAAAGUACGAAGAGAUGUUCCCAGCAUUCCAGGACGCCAGGGAGUACAAACUAGUAUCGAAGCUGCUGGUGGCGAUGGAGGAGGAGAAACAUUGAGGAAGUUUCACGGAGGCCGUGAAGGAGUAACGACAGGCAUCUCGCGGUCGAC